UCCCUCGCCGCACCACUUCGAGUUCCGGACGUGGCGAGUGCACACGUACGUUCGCUUCCCGAACACGAACCUCAAUACGACUGCUGCGACUCGUGAUCGAUGGACUGUUUAUCAAAUUAGUGUUCUUGUGAUUGUAUUACUCAACUAUUCGACUGACAGUUUUGCGUUGGAACAAGUGUUGUGACAAAAGUGCAAGAUGCUAGUGGAAGAUUCUCAAACUGCCCGCGCGCUGAUGACGAAGAAAUAUGCGCAUUGUCCGCUGAAGAAGCGGCCGGUGCUGGUGCGGGAGGAGCGGCCGGCGACGCCGCCCACCACGCCGCCGCACCCCGCCCACAUGGCUACGCGACUGUAUUACGAUUAUAAUUGUGACACAGAAAACGACGAGCCUCAAAAUCUAAGCACAAAGCCUGAAGAUUUAUCGAAAACCGGCAACUACCCCAGCAAAGCAAUGUCACCGGUUGCCGCAGCGGCUAUCAAAGUUGAGCCGAAGGAGUGGUCCCAGCAACAUCUGGACUACCUCGCCGCGUGUCGCGCCAGACUAGAGCCCAUGGCCACGGAGCUCCCUCGGCCGACCCCGCAGUACGCCUACUUGCCCACCCUCUACCCGGCGUAUCCCCUGGAGGAGCUGUACCCCGCCGCCCCAGCCCUGUCUCCCCCGGCGCACCCACAGGUGUACGCCAGGUACUCGCCGGCCUCACCGCCUUCGUCCUGUUCGCCUCCCCCUUGCCCAGAAGAUCUCCGUUCUCCUGGGUCAGUCUCCUCAGACUCCGGAGUAUCAGUGUCUGCACCUCGUCGUCCCCGCUACCAGUGCCCCGACUGCGCAAAAUCGUACUCCACGUAUUCGGGACUUUCGAAACACCAGCAAUACCACUGCGCGGCGGCCGAAGGAAGUCUGGCCCGGAAGUCUUUCAGCUGCAAAUACUGCGCCAAGGUGUACACAUCGCUCGGCGCUCUCAAGAUGCACAUCAGGACCCACACGUUGCCGUGCAAAUGCCAUUUGUGUGGGAAGGCGUUCUCGCGGCCGUGGCUGUUGCAGGGGCACAUUCGCACGCACACGGGUGAAAAGCCGUUCUCCUGCCACCACUGCCGCCGCGCGUUCGCCGACAGGUCGAACCUCCGCGCUCACCUCCAGACGCACUCGGACGUGAAGAAGUACUCGUGCACGGGCUGCGGGAAGACGUUCUCGCGCAUGUCGCUCCUGAGCAAGCACUUGGAAGGCGGCUGCAGCGCUCCGGGCGCCGCUGCCUACGAGUACCGCUCGGAAGCUCUCCCCUCGCACAUGCACCAGCAACUUCCGCCGCACGCUACCGUUCAUGCUUACUGACAGACUGAAUACCUUAGAACCCUCGAUCUCGAAUAAUUUAAGUUCAACAAAGAACACUGACUGUGUGUUAUAUGUAUACGAGACCCGAUUAUUUUAAAAUAAAUUAUUCAUGUACAUUAUUCAUCGUAAAACUUGUGUGCGUCUACUCUACAUAUUGGAGUUGUUACUAUGUGUGUCAGAAGGGACCAUGUAAAGUAAGAUAGGUACCCGUACGUAGAUGUAAAGUAGUUUUCGUAAUUUGUAGAUAUAUUGUGUAAAGUCGCGCUGUUCGCGGCAUCGCUAGUCAUGUGGCAUUUGCCGAGUGUCAUACACUUUCAUAUAUUCAUAUCCUAAGCCAUGUACAAAGUGCCUUAAUUAUAGAUGAUUAAUAUAUUCGUAAAAAAUUUAUAACAGUUGUAGGAUUAGUAUUUUUAUUAUUUAAUAAGAUUUAUAAUAUAAACACAAACCUAUUCAUGAGGCUGUAAAUUAUUAAACCGUUGCCGAAAUGCGUUCCUUUACGUUACCUCCGAGGAAAAUAAAGAAAAUUUAAAAUUAA